AUGCGUGAGAGGGCCACACAGAACUGGAGCACGGGCGGCUGGCUGCUGGCACUUGGCGUGGUCUGGCUGUGGACCCACCUGGCCUCGGCUUCCUUGCGGCCUCCAACUCCAACAGUCCCCGUGAAGCAGGGCACCUGCGAGGUGAUUGCUGCUCACCGCUGCUGUAACCGGAACCGCAUCGAGGAGCGCUCCCAGACUGUCAAAUGCUCUUGCUUCUCUGGCCAGGUGGCCGGCACCACCCGGGCAAAGCCCUCCUGCGUGGACGAGAACUUAGAGCUGCCCUCACUGCUUCCUGCUCCCACAGCCUCCAUCGUCCUGCAGAAGUGGUGGUGUCAGAUGGAGCCCUGCCUGCUGGGCGAGGAGUGUAAAGUGCUCCCGGACCUGUCGGGAUGGAGCUGCAGCACCGGACACAAAGUCAAAACCACCAAGGUAUCCAGGGAGAGACACUUCAUCGCAGCCCUACUCUUCCCCCUUCGCUGGGGACGGAAAAGGGGACACAGGAAUCCUGGGGUCUAG